GGGAACAGCUGCGGGUUGAGCGCUCCCUCCCAAGACCUGACAAUCAGAGAGAACCUGAUCCCCGAGGGCCCACCGCCAGGGACUGGCCCAGAAUAGUGCCAUCCUGCCGCCGCCUGCCUGACGCGUACUUGCUAAAGGACUGGAGCUGGCCGCAUGGAGCCCGAGCUGGAGCACUCACUGCCUGGGACCCUGACCUGGAGCCACAGUGGGAGUCCAGAGAGUCAAGUCAAAGAGGUUCCUUUCCUCCUGCCAGAGAUGGACUUCUUAGAACAAGGAGAAAACUCAUGGCCGUCACCAGCUGUGGCCACCAGCUCAGAAAGAACCUGUGCCAUACGGGGAGUCAAGGCUUCCAGAUGGACGAGACAGGAGGCCAUAGAGGAAGCAGAGCCACCAGGUUUGGGAGAAGGUGCCCAGUCCAGACCAGCUGCUGAGUCCACCAGGCAGGAGGCCACAUUCCCAAAGGCCACACCCUUGGCUCAAGCUGUUCCCUUGGCUGAAGUGGAGACCUCCCCCACAGGGUGGGACCCGUUCUUGCCCGACUGUGCAGCCUCAGCAGUGGGCUCCAGCGCAGGUGACCUGGAGCUGACCAUAGAGUUCCCAGGCCCAGAGGCUUGGGACUGUGAGCUCGAAGGCCCGGGGGAGGGCAGGCCUCGGCCUUGCCCAUCCCCACAGGCCCCGCUUCUCAGCCUGGGUUGGGAUGACGAGCUUCAGAAGCCGGGAGCCCAGGUCUACAUGCACUUCAUGCAGGAACACACCUGUUAUGAUGCUAUGGCCACCAGCUCCAAACUGGUCGUCUUUGACACCACGCUGGAGAUAAAGAAGGCUUUCUUUGCCAUGGUGGCCAACGGUGUAAGGGCAGCCCCUCUUUGGGACAGCAAGAAGCAGAGCUUUGUGGGCAUGCUCACCAUCACCGACUUCAUCCUGGUGCUGCACCGGUACUACAGAUCCCCCCUGGUCCAGAUCUACGAGAUUGAAGAACAUAAGAUUGAGACCUGGAGGGAGAUCUACCUACAAGGCUGCUUCAAGCCUCUAGUCUCCAUUUCUCCCAAUGACAGUCUGUUUGAAGCUGUCUACGCCCUCAUCAAGAACCGAAUUCACCGCCUGCCGGUCCUGGACCCGGUCUCCGGCACUGUGCUCUACAUACUCACUCAUAAGCGGCUCCUCAAGUUCCUGCAUAUAUUUGGUGCCCUGUUGCCCAGGCCCUCCUUCCUCUGCCGCACUAUCCAAGACUUGGGCAUCGGCACAUUCCGAGAUUUGGCUGUAGUUUUGGAAACAGCUCCUAUCCUGACUGCGCUAGACAUCUUUGUGGACCGACGUGUGUCUGCACUCCCUGUGGUCAAUGAAUCUGGUCAGGUCGUGGGCCUCUACUCCCGCUUUGAUGUCAUUCACCUGGCAGCCCAGCAAACCUACAACCACCUAGACAUGAGUGUGGGAGAAGCUCUGAGGCAGAGGACACUGUGUCUGGAGGGAGUUCUCUCUUGCCAGCCCCACGAGAGCCUAGGUGAAGUCAUUGACAGGAUCGCACGGGAACAGUGCCUGAGACCUGAGUCUUCACACCCAAGCCAUCUUCUUCACCUGAAAACCAAUGAAAGGAUCUUGGAACUUGAAGGGGAACUGGCCUUCAUCUUCUCUCACCCCCAUCUGCUGGCUCUGCUCUGGUACAGGCUCUCCAGUCUUCCCUAAUUGUCCUUGUUACACCUAUACUCUCUCAGAAGCCUUUGGGCUUGCCCGGUGCACCUUGAUGAUGAAAGAACAACAGAGUCAAGCCUGCAAAUCCCUGAACCAGCAACCCUGCAAUCAGUCUUGGAUCAUCUGCGUGCCCUGUCCCUGCUUACUCCUUUCCCUGCUCCUGGAUCAGGGCUGAACUCAGUAGGGCAGUGAGCCUGCAGCCUAUGGAUUUAGAUGGGGGUCUGUAAUGCUUAGUUUCUGGACCAUGUACAAUCAUGUUCCCAGUUCCUGGGAGCCCUGGCUGUUUUCUCCCUGUGGGAGCCACCGUUGCAUCACCACCAUCUGCCAGCUUACUCUCCUGGCCCUUCCAAGAAGCUUGAGGUCAACAUUGAACAGCCCUUGAUUCUAGAGCUGUCUGCUGGAGUGGGUGUUCCUGACACUGUGGUACGGGCGGGGAGGGGGGCGCAGGGAGGCCCCUUAGCUCUCACCAAUGGGGAUUGUUCCAUCCCCUUGGUCUCUUCCCACCAGACAGAGGAUCUUGUAUUCAGAUCCUUAAGAAUGAACAAUCAAAAGAAAGAAAAAAAAAGAAACAAAAGAGCAAGCCCCAAAUGUGGAUGCUAUAGGCUUGCUCAACUGCUGCAGUCAUUGAGAUGAACUUGUGCCAGACUCUUUAUGUCUCCUGAAUUCAAAGACUUGAAGGAAAAUCUGCAAUUGACAAACGCUGCAAGUGGCCUUUCUUUUGUGCAUAGAAUGUUAUUCUGCCAACAUUUUUUAAUCUUUGAUUUGUAACAAAAUGAUAAAGAGAGUGCUUAUUAAUUAAUUACUCACAUAGGAGGUUAAACCCAGUCUACAAAUGGGAGUCUGUAGGAAACAUCACUGAUCCUGUAACACUGGAUGUAAUUUCUACCAUGACCCCAGUUCACCAGGUAGAAAGAAAUUAAUCUCAGUCAAUUCUGGGUCUCUUCAUCUGCUUUUACCCUCCCCUGUGAUGAUGACAUGGGCCCUCAGACCCAGUGGUUCAAUGCAGAAAGAGUGGAUUCAUAUUUUUACUGUCUUUUAAAUUUCCUUUUCAUCCA